GGCUGUUGCCCGGAAGUGACGUGUUCGGCAGGCUGUCACCGGAGCUGUUAGCCGCCUGCUGCCCUGAAAACAACAAGUGAAAUUCUUUGAUAAAGACGUCGUCAAGUCCAAGUUAAACUUUCUCCUGUAGGAAUAUGGAUGACGACGUGCUGACGACCCUGAAGCUCUUGAUUAUUGGCGAAAGUGGCGUCGGGAAGUCCAGUCUCCUCCUGAGGUUCACAGAGGAUACCUUUGACCCCGAGCAGUCAGCGACAAUAGGUGUGGAUUUUAAAGUAAAGACACUCGCAAUCGAUGGGAACAAAGCAAAGCUCGCCAUAUGGGACACAGCCGGACAGGAAAGGUUUCGCACCCUGACGCCCAGCUACUACCGCGGUGCCCAGGGAGUCAUACUUGUAUAUGACGUGACAAAGCGUGAUACUUUUACAAAGCUUGAAAACUGGCUGAAUGAACUGGAAACCUACACAACGCGCAAUGACAUUGUAAAGAUGCUGGUUGGGAACAAAAUUGAUCGGGACGACCAUGAAGUGGACAGAAAUGAGGGGCUGAAAUUUGCUAGGAAACACUCCAUGCUUUUUAUUGAGGCCAGUGCAAAGACCAAAGAUGGUGUCCAGUGUGCCUUUGAGGAGCUUGUGGAGAAGAUCCUCCAGACUCCAGGGCUUUGGGAGAGUGAACACCAGGGUCAGAAGGUCCGUCUGGGGGACCAGGAGCGGGGCAGUGGCGGGGCAUGUGGAGGAUACUGUUCCAUACCCUGAAACUGCACAGAAGAAAAAGAAAAAAACAACCUAAUAGGAACGACUACGGACCAGGAACUGAGAGAAAGAAAGGGAGGAGGUGGAACUGGAUGAGUGCUUUUUAGAAAAAGUUAAAUAUUGGUCUGUCGGUCGAAAGACUUUGCUGUUUGCACACUUCCUUCUCAACCAUCAUCUGUCACUACUUUCUGUUUAAAACAUGAAUGAAAGGAUCAUGCAAAAAUAGCCUCUUGCCUAAGGAAGUAUAGUGUUUUAAAUUGACAUGCCAAGUAUACGUCAUACGAGUACGUCUGGCUUGAAUUUAGCUUAUUGGCAGCAGUGACUCUGUUGUGCAUUAAGGCAUCAGGUUAAUAGCGCAGUGCCUAUUACAUGAACCAAUUUGUAGCUAGCAGUACAUAGCUUGUCAAAUUUUACCCCAAAUAAUCAAUUAAAAUCAAUUCAGAAGUUCCCUGUUUAUGAUUUGUGAGCUGUAAAACGUCUGUUGCUGCAAAGUUAGAGUACAAAAUGUUCUACGGGACAUUUAUCUGCAAGCUUUAUCUCAUAUACAACACAUCAGCUGAAAUGAGGACAGUGGUGGAAGAGACGUGUGGAGUGUGAGCGAUCUGUCAUUAAGCACUACAACACUGUGAAUCCUCCCGAGUAAGACAUUUUACAAUGGACCCCAGUUGCCGACACUAGUUUAUUUUGACUGUUAAUUCCAUUAUUAUUCAUUUGAUGGUGAUUUCAAUUGAAAUCAAUGCUUCAGAAAGUUUUUUUUCUUCUUCUUAUUUUCAUGGGAAUGUGCAAGUUACCAUAUUUUUCUUGUAGGAUUUCCUGCAACCAAACUUGUCUUUGCAUGUCUAAUCUGGACCAUAACUUCCACAGUGUAAGGUUUACAGUAUUUAAGAGCUCUUGCAAUACAUAAGUAAAACCCCUUUUUUUAAACUCACUUAAGUUCAAAGCUUUUUUUGUAUCUGAUCUGGCAAAAAGACAAGCAGUUUGUUCAUUUUCUCUCUUUUAUUUAUCCGUUUCUGUGUGGUGCUGUGGUCCAUAUGAUGUCCCACUGAGUUAAUGAAGGCAUUUCUCAUAGUAUGAGAACAUUCCUAAGAGCUUUGUUCCUUCCUGUCUACACUAUAAUAUGGAUUUGAUGUAUAGUUGCUAUUUGUUUCAAUUCCUUUUUGUUUAAAAUCAUGUUUCCCUUUUUCCUGUUGCGUUUGCUGUGCAUCUAUUUUGAAUCAUAUUCAGCAAUAUGUAAAAUUAAUAUCUGCCUUAACAUUGAAUGACACGCUAGAGUUAUGGUCCAGUAACGUUUGUAUUAUUUCAAACUGAAAUAAAUGACAACCUCAAGAUGCCGUCA